CAGCCAUAUAAAACAUCGCUACACAUUUAGCUGCCACUUCCCAAAACCCUAGUUCAUCAAACAUUCACUCUCUCUUGCAGAAGAAAAAGAAAUGGCCGCUUCAUCUCGCCCGUUGGUUUCAAUCCAAACCCUAGAAUCCGACAUGUCCACCGACGCCGCCAACUCUCUCCCCUUACCCGACGUGAUGAAAUCCUCGAUCCGACCCGAUCUCGUCAGCUUCGUCCACUCCGAAAUGUCCAACAACUCUCGCCAGCCCUACGCCGUGUCUCGCAAAGCCGGCCACCAGACCUCCGCCGAGUCGUGGGGAACCGGUCGAGCCGUCUCGCGUAUUCCUCGUGUUCCUGGCGGCGGGACCCACCGUGCGGGGCAGGGAGCCUUCGGGAACAUGUGUCGGGGCGGGCGCAUGUUUGCCCCGACCCGGAUCUGGAGGAAGUGGCACAGCAGGAUUAAUAUUAAUCAGAAGAGGUUCGCUGUGGCUUCUGCGAUUGCGGCGAGUUCGGUGGCGCCGCUUGUGAUGGCACGUGGACACAAGAUUGAGACUGUCCCGGAGCUUCCGCUUGUGAUUAGCGACGCGGUGGAGGGUGUCGAGAAGACAUCGAAUGCGAUUAAGGUGCUCAAGGAGAUCGGGGCUUAUGCUGAUGCCGAGAAGGCGAAAGAUAGUAUUGGAAUUAGGCCUGGGAAGGGGAAAAUGAGGAACAGGAGGUACAUUUCUCGAAAGGGACCGCUUAUCGUUUACGGAACUGAGGGCGCUAAGCUGGUGAAAGCGUUUAGGAACAUUCCGGGGAUUGAGAUUGCCAAUGUGGAGCGUCUUAAUUUGUUGAAGCUGGCUCCUGGUGGUCAUCUUGGGAGGUUUAUUAUCUGGACUAAGUCGGCUUUUGAGAAGCUGGACUCGAUUUACGGGAGCUUUGACAAGCCUUCUGAGAAGAAGACAGGGUAUGUUCUGCCCAGGUCUAAGAUGGUGAAUGCUGAUUUGGCUAGGAUUAUUAACUCUGAUGAGAUUCAGAGUGUGGUUAGGCCGAUCAAGAAGGAAGUGAAGAGGGCCCAACUUAAGAAGAAUCCAUUGAAGAAUCUGAAUACUAUGUUGAGGCUUAAUCCCUAUGCUAAGACUGCUAGGAGGAUGUCUCUGUUGGCUGAGGCUCAGCGCGUUAAGUCUAAGAAGGAGAAGCUCGAUCAGAAGAGGCAGCCAUUGUCAAAGGAGGAAGCAACCAAGAUCAAAGCUGCUGGAAAGGGUUGGUACAAGACUAUGAUCUCUGACAGUGAUUACACAGAGUUUGAUAACUUCGGCAAGUGGCUUGGUGUUUCACAGUGAUCAUAAGAUACUGUUUAGAUUAUCUUUUUGUUUUUCCUUAGGUAUCUAUCUAUAUCUCUGUUGGCUAAGACAUAAAAGAGUUUUUGAAGGUGAGGAAAUUUCGGCAACAAUUUACUUGUUAGCUGGUAUUAGCCUUGCUGUUGUGCUGGUGUUUAUGCAUCGUUAUUGUUUCUUAAAUUUUGUUUGGAAAAUGUUAGAACUAAAUGAAGUUGGUAUUUAUAACUUGAUUUUUGUUGUUAAG